GAUUGCAAAUUUUCCCCGUGCUUGACUGGUUGAUAUUCUUUCUGCAACUUAGGUGGUUUUAAUUUUCUACAGCUGACACGCUUGGAUAUAAUCUUCUGCAAUUCGUGCACAAACUGAGCCGCCGCCCUCGACUCUCUCCGGUCGGCCCGCCUGCCGUCGCCGACUAUGACCGACUCGGGGGACCACUCGUCACACGGCGGCGGGGACUCGGACGUCGAGGCCGCAUUCGUGCCCCCCGCCGACCGGGCUCCUCACCCGGCCGUCGGUGGCGACCCGUCGCCGCCGUCGGAGCCCGAGGACGCCGACUCUGACGGCCCGGAGCCGGCAAGUCGCCGAUAUGGGCUGGACGCGACCUUUUGUCGUCGGGCGCGCGUCCUGCUGGGUGUCAUGUUCCCGUCGUGCGGCGCUUACACUGUGUUCCUGCUAAUGGCGCUAAUGGUGGCGUGCGGUGCCGAACAGUAUGUCGUGUACUGGGUGGGCAUUAUACCCAGCCGGUACUACCAAGUGCUCGGUGACAAGGAUUUGGACGCGUUCGGUGUUCUCACGUCCGAGUGUCUCGGCCUGGUUCUGGUCAUCUCGUUCGUCAAGGGCACCCGCAUCUUUCUGUCGACGGUGCUGUACGUCAACUGGCGGCAGCUGAUCGAUCGGGCGCUGCACCGUCGCUACUUCACCGGCAUCAACUACUACCUUCUGAACGUGCUCGAUCAGCGCAUCGAUAACCCUGACCAGCGUAUCACUCAAGAUGUCGACAAGAUGUGUAAAACUCUGAGCACCAUGAUCGCCCAGCUACUCGUAGCUCCAUUCAUCAUUGGAUACUACACCUACGCUGUAUACUCCAACACGGGCUACAUCGGCGUGCUGAGCAUCUACGGCUUCUUCGUGGUGGCGACGGUGGUCAACAAGGUGAUGAUGACGCCGAUCGUGACGUACGUGGUGCGUCAGGAGGAGAAGGAGGGAACCUUCAGGUUCAAGCACAUGCAGAUCCGCGUGCACGCCGAGGCGCUAGGCUUCCACGGCUGCAGCGUGGUGGAGGAGCACCGCUGUAACCGCCGGCUCGGGGCGCUCGUCGCCACCCAGCUGGCACUCUUCAACCGGCGCUUCAUGCUGACGCUGGUUGUUAAUCUGUUCGACUACCUGGGCAGCAUACUCAACUACCUGGUCAUUGCCAUCCCGAUCUUCGCCGGGAUGUAUGACGACAAGACGCCGCAGCAGCUGAGCGCUAUUAUCAGUCAGAACUCGUUCGUCUGUAUGUACCUCAUCUACAACUUCACCCAGCUGGUGGACCUGUCCUCGAGCGCCACAGAGGUGGUGGGCGUCACACACCGUAUCGGUCAGCUUAUGGAGCGUCUGGACACUCUGCAGAGGAGGCGAGAGAGCCGCACUCCGUCCCCGGAGCCGGCCGGUGGGGACGGAAAGGCGCCGCCGCCGCCCGGAAAGGAAGGAGAGGGGGAGGGAGAGAAGGGAAGGGAAAAGGUGAAGGAGGAGGAAGUGAUGAAAGGUGGUGAUGAAAAGAAGGCGGAGGAUGGGGACGAAAGCGCUGACGCGGACCCGACCAGCGCGCGGUUCGACACUCCGUACCGUCUACACUCGGUGACAGUACGCGCGCCCGGCGGCCGCCAGCCAUUGGUGGCCGACCUCAGCCUCACGGUCCGCCGCGGCCGCAGUCUGCUGGUGACCGGCAGCAGCAGCAGCGGCAAGACCAGCCUGCUGCGCGUGCUGCGCGGCCUCUGGCUGCCGGCGGCCGGCUCUGUGCGCCGCACCGUGCUGCCCGGACCGCGGCAUGUGUUCUUCAUGCCACAGAGACCGUUCUUCACUGACGGGUCGCUUCGGCAACAGAUUGUGUACCCGGAGCGUCUGAAGGAGGACGGCUUCUCGGCGGCCGAGACGGAGCAGAUGCUGCACUACCUGCAUCUGACGCAGCUCACCGGUCUGGCUGAGCGCUGCGGCGGCCUGGAUGCCGACGUCGCCAGAAACUGGUACGACCUGCUAUCGCCGGGCGAGAUGCAAAGGCUCUGUUUCGUUCGUCUGUUCCACCACCGUCCCUCGUUUGUGUUCAUGGACGAGGCCACGAGCGCCGUCAGUCCCGACAUGGAAGAGAUCCUCUACCAGGAGUGUCUGCGGCUACAAAUGACCCUGUUCAGCGUGGGCCACCGUGAGAGUCUGACAUCCUACCACGACUGGAAGCUGCACCUGCUCGGCGGUGGCCGGUGGUCGCUGGAGCCCAUCGCGCCGCCCGCCUACCGUGCCGCGCAGGAGUAGCGGCAGAAGAGACCGCCCGCCUACCGCCCGCCUACCGUCCGCCUACCGUCCGCCUACCGUGCCGCGCAGGAGUAGCGAAUGUAGGGACCAGUCGCCUAUGGCCUGCCUACCGUCCGCCUACCAUCUGCCUGCCGUGCCGCGCAGGAGUAGCGGCAGAGCGUACCGCCCGCCUAGCCUCCCCAAUCAGGAGUAGCGGACGCUGACGGCAUCGUUUUCCGCCCCCGGAAGGCAGCUGGGAGCCGUCUCAUCCUGCUCACUCUCCGCAAAACAAUGCGCUAACCAUCACGUGAGAGGAAUAUGUUUUCCCGCCGAUAGCGUGCCUUAGGAUUUCUUAGUGAGUUUUAAAAGGAUGUUUUAUCGUUAUAUAGGCUGUGCUUAGCAGGGUAAUGUAUGAAUGAAAUGCGAGGAGUUGCACCUGCUAGUCUAUGGCUAAAUGCUAUGUUGUGGAUGUUUUAGUCAAUUUUACAAUGCAAGGUUUUGGAACCAACGAGAUUUCCCUGCAUUAUAACUGCCAUAUUUGCUGCCGCAUUUAAAUCAAAUUUUUAUAUUAGCAUGACGUUUUAUUUGUUAAUCGUUAUGUUGUUUUUAUUUGGUAAAAGGGGAGUUAAAACUUUCCAGAGGAAUGUGGGUGAAUAAUUAUUGGUUAUCUUUGAUUUUUUAUCAUAUGCUCGCACAUGCGGUGGGAGCAGACUUUGUCGAGAUAUGGGAGCUAAUUAUACACUGAAUGUUAAUAAUUCGGUACUUGCCUGUAUCGCAUACAUACGAUUUGUGUUCGUGUCGUUUGGUAUAUCGUUUCUUUUCUCAACAUCAAGAAAAGAACGGAAUGUUUUGCGUCGCUUCCUAGUCCAUGGGGUGUGCGAAUGUGUAUGCCUCUUCAAUUUUUAUGUGAUUUCGCUGCAUUUUUUUGUGAAUACUGUCAAGUAAGUCGUGAGUACAUUGUACGUUCAAUCAUUAAUAACGCCACGAGGGGAACACUUAUAUGUAUAAAUGUAAACGGGUCGGAACUUUUAGUAUGUUCACAUGUUUUCAUGCCUUGAUUUAUUCCCACUGGGUUCGCUCAUGCACCUGAAGUGGCUCAGAUGUGAUUCAGGGAACAUAUACAGCAAACAAUAAAUGACGUGCCAAAACUCA